AUAGAAUUGAAAAAACAGAAUGGUAUUAAUAGUACAGACCUCCAAACAGCAGGUGGCAGGAGAAGCGAACUUUAACCCGGAAGUCAUCUCUGUCUGCGAUGCCGAGAACCCCCAACUUCUCUUACAAUGAAUCCACUGACCAAAAUAAAGCUGAUCAAUGAGCUCAAUGAGCGGGAAGCUAACCUGGGGAUCAAUGAGAAGGCUUCUUGGCACAGCGAGUACAAGGACAGCGCCUGGGUAUUUAUAGGAGGUUUCCCGUACGAACUGAGCGAAGGCGACGUCAUCUGCGUCUUCUCGCAAUAUGGUGAGAUCGUCAACAUCAAUCUGGUGCGAGACAAGAAGACGGGCAAAUCCAAAGGCUUCUGCUUCCUGUGCUACGAGGACCAGAGGAGCACCAUCUUGGCGGUGGACAACUUAAACGGCAUCAAGAUCAAAGGUCGCACCAUCCGUGUGGACCACGUCCGGGACUAUCGCCCGCCCAAAGACCACGAAGACAUUGAUGACGUGACGCGGCAACUCAGGGAGCAAGGAUGCGCUCCCUCCAUCAACCACGAACCGCCCUCCUCCCCGUCACCUGAGGAAGUCGUCAUCCCAACCAAGAAGAGCAAGAAAGAUAAGAAAGAGAAGAGGAAGGAGAAAAAGAAAAAGAAGAAAGCUAGCCGAGAAUCGUCAUCAUCAUCAUCAUCAUCCUCUGCUUCUCCUCCUCCUGUUGCUGCCAUUCGAGUGAAAGAGGAGAAGGAGGACAGCGUCUAUGACAAGUACAACCACAGGAGGGCGCCAGUCAAGGAGGACAGGGGGAAUGGAGAGAAGAGGCGAGGAGACGACGAGAGAAGAAAAGGAAACGAGGAAAAAAGGAGACGAGGAGAUGACGAAGAGAGAAGGCGAGGAGACGACGAGAGGAGACGACGAGAUGAGGAGAGAAGACGGCGAGACGACGAGAGGUACAGAAGGUGACCGUGGUGGAUUUCCGGAAUCUUCUCGUUCAUUGUACCGACUGUUUGGGCUUAUAAAUUGUCUCUUUGUUUAUUUGAUGUUUAAAUGAUUAAACUUGUGAUGACCAAGCA